UGUUUACAAAUCAGACCUGGAGUGGCUGCGGGGUGUUGGUUGGGUCCCCAUUGGUUCCCUGGAAGUGGAGAAGGCCAAGAAGGCUGGGGAGAUCCUGAGUGACAAAAUCUACCGCCAGCACCCGGACACCAUCAAGUUCACCAGCAUCCCAGACUCCCUGCCCAUGGUGCUGGCCAAGCAGAACGCGGACACCAUGAACAAGCGUUUAUACACCGAAGCCUGGAACAAAGACAAGACCUCGAUUCACGUCAUGCCUGACACCCCAGAAAUCCUGCUGGCCAAACAAAACCGAGUCAACUACAGUGAGAAAAUGUACAAACUGGCCUUGGAGGAAUCGAAGAAGAAGGGCUACGAUCUGCGUUUUGAUGCCAUUCCCAUCCAAUCUGCCAAAGCCUCCAGAGAGAUUGCCAGUGAUUACAAGUACAAGGAGGGGUAUCGGAAGCAGCUGGGCCACCACAUCGGGGCCCGCAACAUCGAGGACGACCCCAAGAUGAUGUGGUCGAUGCACGUGGCCAAGAUCCAGAGUGACAGGGAGUACAAGAAGGACUUUGAGAAGACCAAGACACACUUCAGCAGCCCUGUGGACAUGCUGGGGGUGGUGCUGGCCAAGAAAUGCCAAGUGUUGGUGAGCGACAUCGACUACCGGCACUACCUGCACCAGUGGAUCUGCCUGCCCGACCAGAACGACGUGAUCCACGCCAGGCAAGCCUAUGACCUGCAGAGUGAUGCUGUUUACAAAUCAGACCUGGAGUGGCUACGAGGUAUUGGCUGGGUUCCUAUUGGUUCCUUGGAAGUGGAGAAGGCCAAGAGAGCUGGAGAAAUCCUGAGUGACAGGAAGUACCGUCAACCUGCAGACAAAAUCAAAUUUACCAGUGUGACAGACUCCUUGCCCAUGGUCUUAGCCAAGCAAAAUGCUGAGAUAAUGAACAAGGUGAGGAAGGCCUACCACGACUCCAAGACCCAGAUCCACAUCCCCGUGGAUGCCCUGUCGGUGCAGGCGGCCAAGGAGUGCCAGGCACUGGUCAGUGACAUCGACUACAAGCAGUACCUGCACCAGUGGACGUGUCUUCCCGACCAGAACGACGUGAUCCACGCGCGGCAGGCCUACGACCUGCAGAGCGACAACGUGUACAAGUCCGACCUGGAAUGGCUGAGAGGCAUUGGCUGGCUGACAGAAGGGUCUGUGGAGGUGGUGAAAGCCAAGAAGGCGCAGGAGCUGCUCAGUGACCGCUUGUACCGCACGCGGCCCGAGCAGCUCAAGUUCACCAGCAUCACCGACUCCCUGGACGUUGUCCUGGCCAAGACCAACGCCAUGCAGCUCAGUGAUCGUCUCUAUCGUGAGGCCUGGGACAAGGACAAGACCCAGAUCUCUGUGCCUUCUGACACUCCUGUGAUGCUGCAGUCCAAAGUCAACGCUCUCAACAUCAGCAAUAAACAUUAUCAGAAGGCCUGGGAUGAGGCCAAGGCAAAGAGCUACGACAUAAGAGCUGAUGCCAUUCCCAUCAAACAAGCCAAGGCCUCCAGGGACAUCUGCAGUGAGUACAAGUACAAAGAGACCCACGAGAAGCAGAAGGGGCACUACAUCGGGUGCCCCAGCGCCAAGGACGACCCCAGGCUUGCGUUGGCGGCGCGGGCCAUGGCGCUGCAGAAUGACCGCCUCUACAGGAAGGCCUACCACGACUCCAAGACCCAGAUCCACAUCCCCGUGGAUGCCCUGUCGGUGCAGGCGGCCAAGGAGUGCCAGGCACUGGUCAGUGACAUCGACUACAAGCAGUACCUGCACCAGUGGACGUGUCUUCCCGACCAGAACGACG